AAGAAAUAUUUUUUGGUGGAACUGCAGAGAAGAAAUUUCAGAGAGUUCGCACGUGAAAGUGGCACCGAAAAGACCUCUUCUUGCCAAGUUGUUGUUGUUGCUGCUGUGCUGUCAACUUCCACGGAAUGGGAAAUAAAUCAUCACUCAUUCUACGGCCAGAGGAUAUCCGGGAGAUUCAGGAGGAGACAGGAUUUACACCUAAUCAAAUAGAACGCCUGUUUUCGCGUUUUACAUCACUCGAUCGUGGAGACUGUGGCACACUCUCACGUGAAGAUUUCUUACGCAUCCCAGAGUUGGCCAUCAAUCCCAUUUGUGAUCGCAUUGUCCACGCAUUCUUCAUCGAUAGUCACGAUGAUCGGGUCAAUUUCCGGCAAUUCAUGAAUGUCUUGGCACGCUUCAGGCCCCCUAAAGCCAACAAGAUCAAGCUCAACAGCAGAGAGGAUAAAUUGAGGUUCGCAUUCAAGAUGUACGAUCUCGAUGAUGAUGAUGUGAUCUCACGUGAGGAGCUUGUCAGCAUCCUGCAGAUGAUGGUGGGUGAAAACAUUGAACAGGAUCAGUUAAUGUCCAUUGUUGAGCGAACAAUUGUUGAGGCUGAUCGCUCAGGAAGUGGCUCCAUAACUUUUGAUGACUUCUGCACAGCUCUAUCGCGCACUGACGUCGAAAGAAAACUAUCCAUCAUCUUUCUUAGCUAAAGAAAAACCCAAUUUAGCUGUUUUUUGUUGUUUAUUUUAUUAUACAUGUGCUGUGCUGAACAAUAUGUUAAACAAUGUAUAAAUUGUCAAGUAGUUAAUUUUCUUUCACAGAAAAAAAAAGUUUUAUCUUAUCGCACGAAGAAAAGAUUUAAAAAAUGUAAUAAAGGGGUUUUAAGACA